CCUGUACCUGGGUGCAUGUCCAGAGGGCGGGGCAGAGUCGUGGCUGCACCAGGCGAGCUUUGUCUUUCUAAGGUGGAAGGAGCUGGGGAAGGGCCCGGCCUCUGCAGACGCCCCUGCAGCCCCCAGCUCUGCUUCUCCACUUCCUGGGAACCAGCUCCUCUGCCCCCAGGGAGCCCCGGCACCCAGCCUGGGCGCACAGCAGGGCUGGGCUCUGAGCAGCUGAGCGCAGGGGCAGACGCAGGGCGCAGAUCGGGGCUCUGGGGCCCCUGGACCUUCUCCAGCUCGGUGCUGAGACGCUGGCUCCAGAAGCCGGCCUUCCCCACAGGCACGCUGGUUUGGGGGACACCGUGGCCAAGAGGAGGAAGCAGGGAGCAGUGCGGGGAGGAGGCGGCUGAGAGCAGAGGAAUGGAGGGUUGCCCCAGCAGCUCUGAGCUCCACCAUCUCACCGCCCUGCUCCUCCUCAUGCCGCUGCUGCUCCCUGCGGGGUCUGCAGAAGAGUUCAUGGUCCUGGGCCCCACGGAGCCCCUGGUGGCCGUGCUGGGCGGGGACGUGGAGCUGCCCUGCCGCACCGCCCCGGCCAGGAGCGGGGAGAACAUGCAGCUGCGCUGGUUCCGCUCCAAGUUCUCCGAGGCCGUGCUCGUCUAUGAGGACGGCGGGGAGCAGCCCGAGGAGCUGAUGGCCCAGUACGCAGGGCGGACCUCGCUGGUGACGGAGCUCCUGGGCCAGGGGCAGGCUGCCGUGCUCAUCCGCGAUGUCCAGGCCUCCGACGACGGGCCCUACUCCUGCUUCUUCAGGGAGGGAGAAUUCUAUGAAGAGGCCAGCUUGGAGCUGAAGGUGGCAGGUGUGGGCUCUGCCCCCCGAGUGCGCAUCAUGGGGCCGGAGGAGGACGGGGUCCGCGUGGAGUGCGCGGCCUCGGGGUGGUUCCCGAAGCCCCAGGUGCACUGGCGAGGCGGCGGCGGAGCGCAGUUCCUGGCGUUCUCCGAGGCCCACGUCCAGGACGCCCGCGGGCUGUUCAGCGUGGAGGCCGCGCUGGUGGUGAGAGACCGCUCUGUGGGCAACGUGACCUGCUCCUUGCACAACCCCAUCCUGGGCCAGGAGAAGGCUGUGGCCAUUUUCAUCCCAGAGCCCUUCUUCCCCCAGGCCCCUCUCUGGAAGCUGGCUUUCUGCGUGAGCCUGGCCGCGCUGGGGCUCCUGCUCCUGGGGGCUGGCUACUGCGCCCACAGAGAACAUUCCAGGAGACUGCGGGCGCUCAGGGACCGGGAGACCCUGCUCCGGGCUAAGGAGGAAGACCGGCGGGCAAAGGAGGCGGCGCUGAGGGCCACAGGGGAACUGCAGGCCCAGCUCGAAUGGAGGAGGAGCGUGUACCUGGCUGCCUGGAGGAAGGCCCAGCUGUAUGCAGAUUGGCGGCAGGAGAAGUUCCCGGCCUGGCCUGUCACUCUGGACCCAGGCUCUGCGGAUUCCAGCCUUGUUGUCUCUCAGGAGAGGAGGAGAGUGACCUUGAAGGAGACCUGUGAGGAUUCUGGAGGCAGCGGCAGCGUGUUGGGCCUGGAGGGCAUCACAGCAGGGCGCUGUCACUGGGAGGUGGAGGUCCUGGAUGGGGACAGAAGCGAGUGGGUUCUGGGGGUCUGCCGGGAAGAUGUGAAAAGGACAGGCUGGUACACAGAGUCCCCAGAAAAGGGGUUCUGGGUUGUGGGGCAGUUUGAAGAUGGAUUUUGUCCCUGCACUAAGGAUCCCACUCCUUUACCCCUGAGGCAGCUUCCGCGCAGGGUGGGGGUUUUCCUGAACUACAGCGAAGGGGACGUCUCCUUCUAUGACAUGACGGAAGGCUCCCACAUUUUCUCCUUCCCUCGGGCUUCCUUCUCCGGGACCCUCUUUCCAUACUUCAGGUUGAAGUCAGGAGUUGGGUCCUUGACCAUCUGCCCCAUGGUGGGUGCGCCGGAGGGGCUCCCUGUGCCCCUUAACAAUUCUCCUUGCGAGGAGCCUCUGAGCCCCCCAGGCUCUAGUGCUGAUGGGGCUGAAUCUCCAUUACUCCCCUGAAAUGCAGAGGCCGCGCCCCACCACUGUCCCUGACCCCUCACUAAGGCGCUUCCUGGAGCCCCACCCCCUGUUAGC